AUGACUCCCUCUGUCGGCAUGCUGCUGCUGCUCCUCCUCGGCCUCUCUCAGGCACAUCCUCUCAUGGAGGAGGGAAGUGGAGCAGUGGUCCAGGUGGACGAAGAUCAAGCUGUCGACAUCACCACCAGGAUUCUGACCUCCAACAACGGCACCAACGAGAUCCUGCUGGAAGGAGACCUGUUGGCUCCCAGGACCAGAAAUGCCAUGACGUGCUGGUCCCAGAGCUGCCUGUGGAGGAAAGCUUCCAAUGGCCUGGUGAUGAUCCCCUUCACAAUGAGCAGUGAGUUUUCCAGCUGGGAAAGGCAGAAGAUCGAGUACGCCAUGCAGGCCUUCCACAGCAGCACCUGCAUCCGCUUCGUCCCCCGUCAGAACGAGUACGACCACAUCAGCAUCGAGAACAGAGGCGGGUGUUUCUCCUCUCUGGGCAAAGAGGGAGGCAGACAGGUCCUGUCUCUGAACAGACAGGGCUGCCUCUACCACGGCAUCAUCCAGCACGAGAUCAACCACGCUCUGGGCUUCCAGCAUGAGCAGACCAGGAGCGACCGCGACAGCUACGUCAGGAUCAACUGGGAGAACAUCGACCCGCAGAUGGCCUACAACUUCUACAAGCAAGCUACCAACAACCUGAACACCCCCUACGACUACUCCUCCAUCAUGCACUAUGGAAGAACAGCCUUCUCCAUCCAGUAUGGCAGGGACUCCAUCACUCCCAUCCCCGACCCCAAUGUCCAGAUCGGCCAGAGGCAGGGCAUGUCCUACUGGGACGUCAUGAGGAUCAACCUGCUCUAUGGCUGCUGA